UAUGUAAAUUAAUAGUAUGGUGUAACCUAAUCAAUAGUGUGCUUGUGCUUUGCAUGUCGCGUAACUCAUAAUCGAAUAAUCAGAAAUCGCUAAUUGCACGUUUGUAUCCAGUGUCAUAACAGAAAGAAAGAUAAUUUUAUUCCAUUACUAGUGAACAAUGAAGAAUAAUUUGGAAAAAAAUGAGCCAAUGUGGUCAAAUUUCGCUGGUCGUAUAAUAUUUAAUAUUGUUGCACAUCCAUUCGAUUAUGCUAAAUUUUUAAUUCAGAUUGGAUAUGAACCUAUUCCACCUUGGCCGUCGACAACUUUUUGGGGAAAGCCAGCCUUAGCCUUACCAAAUAUUUUCCAAUACAUCAAUCAUAUCAAACGCGUGGAUGGCGUCGCAGGAUGUUAUCAAGGAUUUGUACCAAAAUGUUGGGCAUAUUGUAUUUACAGUGUUACAAGUAAUAAAUGUAUCGAAUCAAUAACAUUUAAAGACGAAUUAAAUGUCAAUGAUGUGUCUGUUGAUGAUUUAGAAGAUAAUCUAAGGGAUAAGCAUUAUGCUCAAGAAUUUUUGAAAAAUUUAGUUGGAAGAACAGUUGGUUUAAUUGUAACUCACCCCUUUGACGUAAUUUGUGUAAGAAUGAUGGCUCAAUUUGUUGGAAAAGAAACGAAAUAUGUUACACUGUUAGGAUCGGUAAAAGAAAUUUAUAAAGUUAAUGGACUGUCUGGAUUUUAUUCUGGAUUUAUACCAAGAAUAAUUGGUCAUACUAUUACACUAGCAUUAGUUAGUGCAUCAACAUAUUAUAUUAACAAAUAUGUAAUUAAAGAUGACUUGAGAGCUUUUACUUAUACAACUAUGUCAUUCCUGGCAUCUACAAUCACUUAUCCGUUCUUACUUGUUACACAGUGUAUGGCAGUAAAUGAUUGCGGUUUGGCAGCUGGUAAACCUCCAAUGAUGCCAUAUUAUGCGGAUUGGCAACAAUGUUGGAGGCAUUUAUCUAGUAUAAAACAAUUGAAACGAGGAAGUAGUGUGAUGUGGAGAACAAUAAAUUUACCUUCCAUCGAAUAUUUAGAAUAUACGAAAUCGCUCUAUUAAAUAAUAGAUUC